AUGGCAGAACCGCUACCUGAGCCAGCUGGAGGAAGAUCCAUGAGACCCAACCCAUCUUAUUCGACCUUACAGGAACUAUCGAAACCAUUCAUACUGGAUUCAAAUCACCGGUCGUAUAAACAUCAAUAUGCCAAUAUAUACUUUGUACGCCUAGUAGAGCUGAGGCCGAUAGUGGAAGAAAAAGCCCAUGAGAGGUGGAAGAGCGUGAGAGGGAAACCUCCGUUAUUACCCCGUAUAUUGAAUUUGACUCGAUCUCAGUUAUGUUACAUCGUUGGAACGGUGUAUCUGGACAUGCCGCUGAAACCCAACGUGCUGGAGGAUAUGGCCAGAGAUCAAUGGCUGGCACCUCCUGCUCCGCGAACUAAAUUCUUCUCGGCGCAAGAUGCCGUACAUCUCGAAGAUGAGUCCGGACGAGUCAGAUUAGUAGGAGAAAGGAUAAGGAGAGAAAGGGAUAGACAGGGUGGUGGUUUGGUGACCGGUGUAAUCAUGGCUGCUCUUGGAAUGGAAACCUCUUCAGGUGAUUUCGAAGUGAUAGAUCUCUGUUUCGCUGGUCUCCCAGACAAAUUAGAUGUGCAAGCUGGAUCAUCAUCGAAAGCUAAUGGAAAGGGUAAAGGAAAGGCUAACAGUGAUGAAGAUGUAGACAUGACGGGUAACGGUGCUGAUGGGGAUGGAUCAGAUGAGAAGACCUGGGUAGCAUUGGUGUCAGGACUAUCGGUGGGAGCACAAGAGGCUCCGGCGGACCUGAAAUGUGAAUUGUUGGUGGAAUGGCUGACUGGUGAGGGAGGCGGAAUAUCUGACCAACUGGAUGGAGUUCGUAUAGCAAGACUCAUAUUAGCAGGAAACAGUCUGACCACUCCAGUGAGAGGGGAAGACGACAAGAAAAUCAAACGAUUCAAUAAUUCCAACAAACCUCUAUUUCCUAAUCAUCCUACCAAGACCUUAUCUACGUUACUAGAAGACCUCCUCUCCUCAUCUUUACCUAUCAAUAUAAUACCGGGACCAUCCGAUCCGUCAGGCGCGACGUUGCCUCAACAAGCUCUGCCUAAAGUGAUGUUUGGUACCAAAGACAAGACGGUGGGAUUGGAAAGCGGUACUAAUCCAAGUUGGUUAGAAAUCGGUGGAAGGAGCUUCUUGAGUACCGGUGGUCAGACAUUAGAUGAUAUCUUCAAGUAUCUCCCUUCCGAUUCGAGACUAGCAAUGGCUAGAAGGACAUUAGAAUGGAGACACAUCGCUCCCACUGCUCCUGAUACUUUAUGGAUAUAUCCAUUCCCAGAUGCAGAUCCGUUCAUCAUCAAACAUCGCCCGGACGUGUAUGUUAUAGGUAAUCAGCCUGAGUUUGAGACUGCUUUGGUAGGAGACUCAGAUACACCAACACGUAUAAUUCUUCUUCCCUCAUUCGCUCAGACAGGUGUAUUAGCAUUGGUAUGCCUAGAAACACUGGAAUGUAAGACGAUAAACUUCGAAGUGCCCACUUGGAUAGGGGAUGAGGUGAAGAAUGAAGAGGAUGUGAAGAUGGAAUAA